AUGGAUUGGGUGCUGGCUGUUUUCAUUUAUCGAACUUUAUCGAUUGCUUCCAUGAGCGACAUUUACCCAAGACUAGAUAAAAGCAAAAUUGGCAUUAUUUCAACCAAUAAAAGAAUUUCACUUCAAGCUAAUGGAUGGCACUAUCAAAGGCAGAUGCUGGAUUAG